AUGCUUUCACGAGUCUUAAAAGUAGCUGCUCAACAAGGAGUAAAAAGUUUCUCAACUUCACAACAGAACAACGUCAAGGUCGUUGUAUGUGGAGCGUCAGGAGGCAUCGGUCAACCGCUUUCAUUGUUAUUGAAGAACAGCCCCCUAGUUUCUGAGCUCUCUCUUUAUGAUAUUGUCCACACACCUGGAGUUGCUGCCGAUUUGUCACACAUUGACACAGCCAAUGCUGACAUUGUCAUAAUCCCAGCUGGUGUUCCACGCAAACCUGGUAUGACUCGUGAUGAUCUCUUCAACACGAAUGCAUCAAUUGUUCGUGAUUUGGCUGCUGGAUGUGCUAAGGCUUGUCCAAAAGCUCUUAUUGGAAUCAUUUCCAACCCAGUCAACUCUACUGUACCAAUUGCAUGUGAAACCCUUGCAAAGGCUGGAGUUUUAGAUCCAAAACGUGUUUUCGGUGUUUCCACUUUAGACGUUGUUCGUGCUAAUGCGUUUAUUGGUGAAGCUGCUGGUGUUGAUCCACAACAAGUUAAUUUGCCAGUUAUUGGUGGUCAUUCUGGAGUUACCAUUAUGCCUUUGCUAUCACAAUGCAAACCGGCAGUAAACUUCUCACAAGACAAAAUUAAAGCUCUUACUGAGCGCAUCCAAGAAGCAGGCACAGAGGUCGUUAAAGCUAAAGCUGGAGCUGGUUCCGCAACUUUAUCAAUGGCUUAUGCAGGUGCUCGUUUUGCCAUUUCCUUAAUUCGUGCAAUGCGUGGCGAAUCAAAUAUCAUUGAAUGCGCUUAUGUACGAUCAGAUGUCACUGAAGCUAAAUACUUUGCAACACCACUCAUUUUGGGAAAGAAUGGAAUCGAAAAGAACUUGGGAUAUGGAACUUUAAAUGCUUUUGAACAGGAGCUUUUAGCCAACGCUUUGCCUGAGCUCAAGAAGAACAUCCAAAAGGGAGAAGAUUUCGUCAAUAAGAAUUAA